AUGCCCAAAGUGAAGACAGGAAGGAUCCACGGGAGUUACUUCCCCGACUAUGAGCUCAGGCGGAGGGAGACGGGCCUGGGCAAGACCCUAGGCUGGGACUCGGGCAUCAGGCGGUCCUUGUACUCGUCCAUGAUCCCCAGCACCUUCUGGGACCCCAUUGAGCACGACCCCAAGACAGGAUUCACGGGCCAUGGCGGCGUCUUUAACCUCGAGUUCUCUCCAGACGGGACUUAUCUGGUGGCGGCAUGUGAGCAGCGAGCCAUCAUGGUGUUUGAUCCUCUGUCCAGACGACAGAUCCAUUAUAUACCUUUAGCUCACGAGAAUUGUGUCAAUGGUAUCAAGUUCCUUGACUCUCGCGUGUUUGCAUCGUGUAGUGACGACCACACGGUAGCCCUUUGGGAUGUGCGAAACCUUAAGAGGCGCAUCCGGCUGCUCCAGGGGCACAGCAAUUGGGUGAAAAACAUUGAAUAUUCUGCUGGUGACGGCAUUUUGGUCACGUCUGGCUUUGAUGGCAAGAUACUUGGCUGGGAUAUUAAUGGGUACACAGAGGAUGGCCUGCUGUCCACAGAAUUGUUCAGCAUGCAAGGACUCAUGAGAAUGCGCCUAAGUCCCGAUUGCAGCAAGUUGGUCAUGUGCACCACUGGCGGCUACAUGGUACUCGUGCACAACCUCAGUCUGGAGCACCUCUCGGAAGAUCUUAGGAACUUUAAGCCCAACAUGUACCGCUUGAUGCAGUUGUCGAACACUCCGUUACCCCACGCCACCAUGUUCACAAACCUGUUCUACAGACAGCGGAAUAGAGUGGAGUUCAUCUCAGACUUCCCUCCCUCUAAUGAGGCGGAGGUCAUCCACUCUCUGCAAGUUCAUCCACAGGGUUGGUGCGUGUUGUCCAGAAAUACAUCCAUGGAAGAUUCGUCAGAGUGGAGCUGUGUUCAUGAUAUCCAGGACCUAGGAGUGACAGCUUGCAAGGAUGAGGAUGAGGAUCAAGACAACCAUGGAGACCUAGAACCCUAUGAUGACAUUCCCUCAACAAGUGAGACAGAAGCACAGAAUUCUUCAACAUUUCAGAAUAGACCAAGCAGUGCAAACAGUAGUAAUAACAAUAGUAACAGUAGUACGAACAGUGGAAGUGAAAGUGGCAAUGUAAAUGGAAACUUACACUUAUCAUUGACGUUCAGCCCAAGGGUGGAAAUCAUGCUGCGGCACAGCCCAAGGGAUGAGAGUGAUGAUGGCGGUGGUGAUGGAGGCGGAGGUGGUGGGGGAGAAUUAGCAGGUGGAGCUGGUCCUGCCAGGAGUGGCAGCAGUGGUAGUAAUGUCAAUGCCUUCGCAACAGCCUCUGGUGGGAGUGGAGUGAGAGUUGUAGAUGGUGCAGGAAUAGCAGUUGGUGGUAGUGCAGGAGGAGGAGGUGGAGGAGGGGGAGGCAUAGACAUCCAGCUACGAUUUACAUCUAUGGAUGUCUUUGAAGCCUUAGAACAUAUAAGGGAGCGCCGUGAGGAACAACGGAUACGGCAAGGAAGGCAGAGAGCAGCUCGGACUGAUUCAGAGGCCUCCUCGAGUAGUGGAAACAAUGAAAACUCCUCUGGUUUCCCCCAGUCCUCAUCCUCUCAGUCACCAUCACCAGCCUUACAACACCUUGGCCGUAAUAGGACCUUUAGUGUGCACAGAGGUAGAGAUUUUGACAAUGCCAGAGAAAAUUUGGGCUCAGGAAGGACUGCAGCCAAUAUUAUCGACUCUCGUAAUGCAUUUUAUAUCAGAACUGGUACUGGCAAUCAUAGAGCUCUAUUGCUUCUUCGACCCUUGGAGAAUUAUCCUCGGUAUAAUCAGACGGUGGAUCCAAACCAUAAGAUUGCAAAGAAUAUUUCACGGCUAACUCAUUACAUAGAGGAACCAAAUGUUGGAAGAGGGUUUAUCAAGGAGCUGUGCUUCAACUCAGAUGGGCGGCUUAUAUGCUCCCCAUAUGCUCAUGGGGUGCGGCUCAUGAUGUUUGACCAGAACUGUUCAGAACUCUCCACAUGUGUGCAAGAUAUUCCCCAAACCCUGUAUGCUGUAUCCACCAACAAUUGUCAUAAAAACUGUGUUGUUAGUACCAAGUUUUCUCCCACACAUUGCCUUCUAGUCUCAGGCUGCCUGAAUGGCAAAAUUGUGUGGCAUCAGCCUGUUCUCUAGUGGAAUGAAUAGCUGCAGUGUAUUAUACAUAGUUAUAUGGGAAAUGACUAUGUUGUAUACAUGGUGUUUUAGUUUUCUAUGCUCUUGAGCAAGCUUAAACUUUGUUGGUCUGCUGACCUUUCCAAUAGAUUUUCUAAGUGAAAUAGAGAAUAUAUUUGUGGAGUGUACUUGUGUGGUGUAUAGAAUGCACAGCAGAUUACAAGAGCAAUUUAUUUAUUGAAGGAAUGUGUAUCUAAUGAAUAACAAGUUCAUAUAGUUUGUUAUUCUUGCAUUUGGCAUGUGUCAAAGUGCUUAACUUAAACACAGAAUGUAUAACAGGUGUUUGUAAGGCAUCAAUUCAAAGGAUAUUUCAGUAGAUCGAUAGAAGUAGAGGUUUUACUGUGUGUACAUUGUUUAAUUUCUUAGAGUGGAAUAUGGAUUUUUUUUUUUUUUUUUUCUUUUUCUUUUUCUUUUUUUUCUUUUUCUUUUUCUUUUACGGUAUAUCCAAAGAGCAAUAAUGCAUUUUUUAGUUGUUCGAAAAAUAAAUUAGAUUUGUCAGUGCAUUCAAAUAUUGUAAUAGAGAUAAACACCUAUGUGUCUUGGAAAUACAGUCUCCUUUUCAUUUCUUCAGUUUCAUUAGUUGUAAACACAAAUGCAUAGUUUACUUUGCAAGUUUCUCAGUUUUGCUCUCAAAUUGUGCAGCUCAUUUAAGGAGAAGGAAGUGUGGAACAAGAUUUAUUUCCCGCAAACAGACAUU